AUGCUCCUGCGAAUAGGCUGUCUUUUGGCUAUCCUGGUCACCACCGUCUCGCCCGUCUCUUCAGUCGACUACUGUGCGUCGAACCCAUGCUACUACGGUGGCACGUGUACCAACGGCUACGGCACGUUCCUAUGUAGCUGCGCCGACGGGUUUUUCGGAACAUAUUGCGAGAACCCCCGUGACUGCUACAUAAACCCGCCAAAUUGCCACAAUGGGAAUUGCUGGGCGAGCAUCUGGACUGACGGGACCGGUGCGGUCCUCUACGUGAACACGAGCUGCUCGUGCUACUCAGGCUGGGAGGGAGAUGCUUGUGAUAAGGAAAUCGACGCCUGCGCCAGUAAUCCAUGCUCACCGUACGCUAGCUGUCUGAGCUACGGGUAUGGCUAUCAAUGCGCAUGUCCUUACGGCUACGAGGGUACGGAUUGCAGCCUCUACGUGGGUGAUUCACAAACCGAUUACUGUACCCCGGACCCGUGCGUCGCCGGGAUUUGCGUGAACGCGACGGCCUCUUCGUAUUACUUCUGCAAAUGUGUGGCCGGCGCAUACCCGGCAAUGUCAAAUCAGUACUGUUCGCAACCGGACACCGGCCUAUGGUGCGACCGAUCGACGUGCAUGUACGGCAGCUGCAGUAUUGGAACGUCGUAUAACUCGACGUCGAAGGAAGUGCUCAGCGUGAUGUCCACCUGCUACUGCUUGUCCGGCUUCAUCGGCGACUAUUGUGACAAGGAAUACGACAUUUGCGCAAUGGAGGCUCCCUGCCAGAACGGUGGCUCCUGCGAUUCCGUCUGGGGCUCCUGGCUGUGUACCUGUGCUCCCGGGUUCACCGGAUCAAAUUGUACAGCUCUCGAUACCGAGACGACAACCCUGGCUACGACCACUACAGAGAUGAUAACUACGGAAGCCACUACUAACGCUACAACGACAGUCGGUCUACCAUGCGUGUGCGCCGAAGUGACGUACGGUGGAAAAGUGUACCAUGGCGAAGUGUGCAAAGUGAUGGACAGUGGCGGAGCUUGUGUGGACAAUUCCGAUGGCUCCGGCUUCACCUGUCAGUGUACCUCUAACUUCACUGGACAGUACUGUGAUAUGGCCGCCAACCUCGGUGUAAUGCUCGGCCAACUCUAUGGUGACUUGACACCGGAAGAGAUGCAGACAGUUCGAGAAGACCUCCAGUCCCACCCGCCAAAACUCCAGGACCUGAUCCCAUUUAUUACGGGGCCAAUGGCAGAGGAUGUUCGCGCCGCUCUUUCCUGGAAUUAUGACGACAUUUUUAUGGAUGCUGCGUAUGAGCGAAGGAGCAUCGUCUUUGAGAACCAAUUCAAGGAAUGGAACGAUGUCGUCCUGGGAAAUUGCUUCACCUUCAACCACCCUAACAGUUCCACCCAAUUUUUGUCGCGGAAUUCGGGAAGAAAUGGAGGCCUCUUCUUACAACUACGCGUCCACGAGGAAGAAUAUCCGUAUUGGGUCGAUACAGCUGCGAUUACAGUGUUCGUGCAUAAAAAUGGAGAAGCCGUCUUCGCGGAGUCGUCACGGACCCAGGCCAAGGCUGGCGGGUUCACGAAAUUUUUUGUUCGUCAGACAGAUUAUCAUCGACUUGGCGGCCGCUACGGUGCAUGUGCAAAGACGGUUGCUGACGUGAAGUCCUAUUACUACGAGGGAAUUUACACAAUUGAUGGCUGCUACCGCUCCUGCUAUCAAGAUCUACUCUACGCCAUGUGCAAAUGCAUGGACCCGAGAUACCCGUUUCCGUCAUCAAAGCCUAGCUGUGACAUCCCGCAGCGCAGCUGCUUGAACCAAUUUACCAUCAAGUACGGCGAUGAUCCUGCUUCAUUACCCGGCUGCAACUGCCCGCAACCCUGCGAAUACUCGCAGUUUGAGAUCGCCUGGUCGCUGGCUCCGUUUCCGGUUGUGAUCCAAGAAUGCACUAUGUCGGCUAACGUCACUGCGUGUGAAGACGCGUACCGGGAUUCCGUGAAAAUUGAGGUUAACUUCCAAUCGCUUACGCAACUAAUCUACCGGGAAGAGCCGGAGAUGAGUUUCAAUGCGUUCCUCGGCUAUCUGGGUGGCAUCUUGGGCGUUUUGUGCGGGAUUUCUAUCGUCACUUUCAUCGAGUUCGGCUACGUCUUUUUGCUGAUUGUGUCGAUCAUGACGCGCGGAAAAAAA